CCAUGGCAGACCUCUGAAGACAAAAGCAUCUUACUCCAACCUCAGAACCACAAAUUUCUCUCCUUCUUCCAAAAAUCAUAAAGAAGAAAGGAAGAAAAAAACCCAAUCUUUUUCACUCAUCUUCAACCCCAAUCCUCCAUUUCCAUCCAGCCCAACUAUUUUCCUAAUAUCUGGGAUUUAAUUUCUUCUGUGAUGCUGGGGAUAUAAAGGGUUUGGAUGAAGGGGAUGCCCUUUCCAAUUGAAUUUUUGAGGAAGGGGGAUCUUGAAUUUCGUACGAGUUUUGUUUUUGCAGAUUCACUCUGCGCAGAGGCGGCGGCGGGGCUGGUUUGCCAGAGACGGCCAGGGUGGCGGCGGUUUCUUGCAACCCGAAUUUGACAUGGAAGACGAUAACCCUGCAUCCAGUUCAAGUGCGGGGGGAGAUGAAUCCGAUGUUCUCAAGCCUGUUCCGCCGUCUCUUGAGUUCAGUGGCGGGGGCGGAGCGUCCCCGGCGGAGAAAUGUGGAAUCGACGAUUGGGACGGCGUUUUGUCCGACUCCGUCGCGGCCUCGCCUGGCCCCGAGUCUCUUUUCCGUUGGAUCAUGGGGGAUGUGGAUGACCCGUCAAUGGUGUUGCAGGCCGCCGUGCCGGUGGAGUACGACUUCAAUGUCGGGUUUCCUGCUAUGGAUCAAGGGUUUGACGUAGACCUGCGGAGCUCCGACGAAGCUUUCAUCCCAGCCAUCUCCGAAUCAAGUUUCCCAGUCACCAGACUCCCGAACACGCCGGAAAAUGCCCCCAGCAUGAAAUUCCCGGCGAGCGCUCAAAUACCCGUUCAUCCUUCCGGAUUCAACCCAGAUCUGCUGAUUUCCCGGCAGCAAGUGCAAAACCCACCAUUCCUCAUGCCAUUGCCGUACCCCCGGCAGGAACAGAGCAACCUCAUACCGCCGCCGGCGAAGCGGCAGAAUCGCGGGACUCCAAACCCCGCCGGAUCUCAGAUCCACAGACGGCUGGUUUCCGAUCCCCCGCCUUCUCACCACUUCCAGCUCCUCCCGAACUUCCUCGCCGGAGAAGAAACAGUUCAGCUGCAUCAACAGCAGCAGCAAACCAUAAUCGACGAACUGUUCAAGACGGCGGAGCUUUUCCAGUCCGGCAACCCCGCUCUCGCGCAAGCGAUAUUGGCGCGGCUCAAUCAUCACCUCUCUCCGAUCGGAAACCCAUUCUACAGAGCAGCUUUCUACUGCAAAGAAUCUCUCCAAUCUCUCCUCCAAUCUUCCUCUUCCUCGUCAUCAUCCUCUGUUCCACCAUUCACCCUUAUUUUCAAGAUCGGCGCUUACAAGUCAUUCUUCGAGAUCUCCCCAAUUCCCCCAUUCGCCAAUUUCACCUGCAACCAGGCUCUUCUUGAAUCCUUAGACGGGUCCGGCAGGAUCCGAAUAAUCGAUUUCGAUAUCGGGUACGGCGGACACUGGGCUUCCCUCAUGCAAGAGCUCUCCCUGAGGAGCUCCGGCGUACCCACACUCAAAAUCACCGUUAUAGCCUCGCCGGAGACCCACGACGACCUCGAGCUCCGUCUCACCGAGGACAACCUAACCCAUUUCGCCGCGGAAAUCAACCUCCCGUUCCAGUUCGAAAUCUUGGCCGUUGACUCCCUCCACCUUCUUCAGGCGACCCAAGAAGCAAUCGCCGUACGUCUCCCGGUCAGCUGCUUCACCACAUACCAAUUACUCUCAGUCCUCCCCUUCGUGAAACGGGUAUCCCCUAAAAUCGUGGUGUCCAUAGACAGAGCAUGUGACCGGACGGACCUGCUGUUCCCGAACCAGGUCAUCCACGCGCUCCAGCAUUACACGAACCUUCUGGAAUCUCUGGACGCCGUGAACGUGAACCUGGAUGUCCUCCAGAAGGUGGAGAGGUUCUUGGUCCUGCCGGAGAUGGAGAAAAUAGUGACGGGACGGUUCCACUCCCAGGAGAAAACCCAGAACUGGAAAACGGCGUUCCUCUCCUCAGGCUUCUCUCCGGUGAGCUUCAGCAACUUCAACGAGUCUCAGGUGGAGUGCGUGGUGAAGAGAACCCCUGUCCGGGGGUUCCACGUGGAGAAGAAACAUUCUUCCCUUGUCCUCUGCUGGCAAAGGAAGGAGCUUCUCUCUGUCUCUGCAUGGAGUUGUUGAUUUGUGAGUUAUAAUGUGGUUCUUGGAGCUCAAAAUGACAUUUUUUUUUUCAACAAACAAAAGGUGCAAAUCUUCUCAUGUUCUAAUUUUAUUCUCAAUGUUUCUUUUGCCUAUAGACUUUGUUUGGUGCAACUAAUUGUGUUAUGUAACUGUAGGCAGAUUUGUUCCAAAGUAAGAAGGAAAAAAAAUGUUAUUUUUAGGAUUACAGGCUUAUAAUUGUCUGUUAUAUGCUGAUUGUGGUAUUGGUCUCGUUUUGGUCUAUGAUCAUAUGUUGUACCAGCACAAAACGAGGAAUGGAAAAAACAAAGGAGAAGAUGAGUU